AUGUUUCAUUAAUUUACGGGAAAUUGAAGGAAACAUAUGGAUAAAUAUCAAGUCUUAUCAAUUACUACCAGUAGCCUUCAGGAACUCACCCUCACAUGCCAAGUGACCUCCAACUUAUGCUUUCCCUUCCAAUUUUGCUAUUCCGAACCGCUUAUGGAGUUUGGCAAGUGUAUCUUCAUAACCAAAGUAUCUCCUGGAACGACAGGUUUCCUAAACCUCACUCUGUCAAUUCCAGCAAAAUAGAAAUGUUCUUGAGAACCUCCCACUUCUUGUGCCAUUGCCUGGACCAAGUAAAUACUUCUCUUAGUUUCUACUAACAUUAAAGAUGCAUUGAUCAGUGCCUGGUUUUAAAAGGCGCACCUUUGCGCCGAAAAUUGCACCCGCCUGGGUCUGUGCGAGCUCACAUACGAUAGGCGACGAAAGGCACGCGCCUCCGAGUCGGGCGCCAGGCGCAACGCCUAUGCGCUUAUGGUAUAUGUUUUCACCCUUUAUUAUUAAUAAAUAAUUAUAAUUUUAAAACUAAAAAAAACCUACCUGUUCCCAAAUCCAAAAUCCCUAAGUUAUUCUCUCCAUCGCACGACGCACGCACGAUUUCUUCUUCGCCUCUUCUUCGCCGGCAGUCACAGUAGUCACCACCGCCGGGCGCCGACCAGGUUAGAAAUUAAAUUAUGGAGUCGGAAGCUUCAACCAGAUCAUCAUAGAUCCGGGAAGAAAAUAUGGAACGCCAGAGCCGACGAAAAAGAACAAUUGGGAAUGCAAUUUUUGUAAAAAUGAUUUUAAAGGAGGAGUAUUUCGGCUAAAACAACACUUGGUUGGAGGAUUUAGGAAUGCGACCAAAUGUCCUAAUUGUCGUGAGCAUGUAAGGGAGGAAGUGAAGAUCUUCAUGGUUAAGAAACAGGAAGUAAAGGUUGCAAAUUUAAUGUUACACUAAGAGUUGACUCAUGGCAUUGAUGAGUAUGAUGAUGAGGAAGAACUUGAUGUAUUAGACUCAAGUGGGGGUAACUCAAGUCAGAAGCGUGAAAGACCCUUACCCAAAAAACCAAGAGUCAAGGGUCCAAUGGACUUAUUUGUCACUCCCAAAGUUAAUCCAAGCAAAGAGGGAGGUGUGCAUGCAGCUUGUCAGAAAGAAUUAAGGGAGAAAUCUUGUAGGGCAAUUGCAAGAUUUUUUUACGAUUCCGGAUUAGCAUUCAAUGCGGCAAAUCAAUCUAGCUUCAAAGAAAUGUGUAAAGCUAUCGGGCAAUAUGGUCUCGGUUUGAAACCUACAAGCAUGCACGAGAUUAGAGUUCCUCUCUUGAAGAAUGAAGUAGAUGACACUUAAAAGGCAUUAGAGAAUCACAAAAAAGAGUGGCCACAAAAGGGUUGCUCAAUUAUGUCAGAUGGAUGGUGUGAUUCUGUUGUCCAAAAGGAUAUUGUGAAUUUUCUUGUCAACUUGUAUUCAUUAAAUUCAUGGACGCCUCAGAAAUUGUCAAAGAUGCAAAUUUGUUGUUUCAUAUGCUUGAUAAGAUGGUUGAGGAAGUGGGGGAGGAAAAUGUAGUCCAAGUGGUGACGGACAAUGCAUCUAACUACGUUAAAGGCGGAAAAAUGCUAGAAGCAAAGAGACCGAAUCUUUAUUGGACUCCUUGUGUGACACAUUGUAUCGAUCUCAUGUUGGAGGAUAUUGGAAAGCUUUCUAAAGUGAGGAAUGCACUAAAGAAGUGCAUAUUUAUGAAUGGCUAUAUAUAUGGCCACAUUUCCCGUGUGAACAUGAUGAGGAAGUUCACAAAUCAAAGGAAUUUACAUAGGUCGACAAUAACGAGAUUUGCAACAUCUUUCAUCACUCUUGCACAAUUCCACGAGCAAAGAAACAAUUUGAGAAAGAUGGUUGCUUCUCAAGAAUGGAUUGAAUCGAAGUCGUCAAAGGAAACAUCUGGAAAGAAAUUGGCAUCCUAUGUUUUACAAGUUUUUUUUUGGAGGAAUGUGGUGUAUGCUCUAAAGUUAUCGGGGCCACUUGUUAAGGUUCUUCGAAUGGUUGAUGGAGAGAACAAACCUCCUAUGGGAUACAUUUAUGAAGCUAUGGAUAGAGCUAAGGAGGCUAUUUCGAAGAGUUUUGGAAUGAAUGAUGAGCACUACAAAGAAGCUUUUGAGUUUAUCGAUAGAAGAUGGGAUUGCCAACUUCACCGGCCUUUGCAUGCUGAUGGUUAUUUUUUAAAUCCGGGUCUUUAUUAUGAUAAUCUCAAGACAUCAAAUGAAGAAGUUAUGACGGGGUUAAUCGAUUGCAUUGGAAGGUUAACUUCGAAUCUUCAAAUGCAAGACAAGAUCCUUGACGAACUAGAGAUAUAUAAAAAUGCUCGUGGUCUUUUUGGCAUAGCAAUGGCCAUUAGGAUGAGGAAGACAAAAUCUCCAGGUAUUAAAUUUAAAUGUUAUAGUAAGUUAUAA